UGGCUGCUGCGGCUAGUGUACCUGCGCUCGUCACCGCCGCUGGGUGGGCUCUGGCCCGCAGCCUCUGAGGGGCCAGCCGCGGCCUCGCGGCUCAGAUUAAGAAAAAACUCUACCCUGCCUUCUCUGUAAGCAGCAUCUCCUUGUGCAAGAGGUCCAUUAUGCAGCCACCACCCCAGGCAGUCCCAUCUGGCAUGGCUGGACCUCCUCCGGCUGGGAAUCCUCGGAGCAUGUUCUGGGCUAACAGCCCUCACAGGAGACCAACCAGUAAUAACAUACCAGUGACUCCAAUAAGUUUCCCAUUGCAGCCAGUAACAGAUCCGUUUGCUUUUAGUAGACAGACGUUCCAAAAUACACCAUUGGGUGGUUCCUCUAAAAGUGACCUGCCUGUUUUGCAUAGCUCAACCCUCCCAGCAUUUUCUCAAUGGCCUGGUUUGCCUGUGCCUCACACAAAUGCCGGGGAUAGCUCCCAAGGACCCUACGAGCCUCUGCCAGGACCUCUGUCACAGCCUGGGCCAGAGGCCAGUCUCCUUCCUACUACAUCCAUCUCUUCUCUGCUGCCUGGGCCUGAGAUGAACAGGAAUUCGGAGGUUGGCUCCACCUCAGGGCCUGAAGUUCAGACUCUGCCACAUCCACCUCAUUACAUUCCAGGAGUGGGUCCUGACCAGUCUCACGGGAGCCAUCUGCAUGGGAGUGGGUCUGGACCUGAUCAACCCUUGAAUAAGUAUACCCCACAAGAUGGUGCGCUGGUCCCAGCAGCAUCCCCUUUAUUCUCCCAGCCUCAACAGAUGCCAGGUCAGGGGGUACCAGUGUGGGGAAGCCCACAGCCCUCCCAUCAGCACCACUGCCCCUGCCCAGCAGGACUUGUUCAGAGCAUAGGACCCCAGGCUCCCAGUGCUCCCCAUUUUCCUGCUCCUUCCAACCUGCACCAUGGUCUUGGCCAGGAGUCCCAUAGCCCACUCGUGUCUCCUCCAGAACCUUUGGCUGCUGGUGGAGGGAAUGAAUCAGUCCGCCUGCCUAGUGGAAACCACUCAGCAAGUAACUUGCAUCCUGAACAUGCGCUGGGGCAGAAUUCCAGAAGCAGGAGUACAUGGGCAAGCCAGGAAUUCAGACAGAAUCCAGCAGCGAAUAAAGAGCAUUUGCCAGAUCCUGCCAUUGUCAAUACUCUCACUCAGGGAAAUAGCCCCGAAAACCACGUGCACUAUCCCUCAGCGGCUGGGAGUAGUCGGUCCCCUCCAGAAACAGGCUCAGGAGUGCUCUCAAUGUUUUUCCAAGGAGAAGAGACAGAAAAUGAAGAGAAUCUCUCAUCUGAAAAAGCCUGCUCCUCUGGGAGGUUGGGCUUCGACGAUUUCUCCUCCAGUCCUGCACUGGGCCAGCCACUGCCCCCUGCACACGUAGCUGGUGGCACCUACCAGGCCUUUCCCAAAGGCCCCAGCACUGAGGCCACACAGCAGGAAGGAGACACACAGUCAUAUUUUUCUCACUCUGCAGGAAUCCAUCAUGAUAAGCAGACCAGUAAAAGUGUUGCUUCUGUUGCCUGGGGUGAUGCAGACAGUGCUGGGGCUCAUGAUGCCAGUAGCUCGCGAUGUGAGAAUGUUGAGAACUUAGAAUUCAUUCAGAAUCAAGAAGUUCUGCCAAGUGAGCCUGCAAGUUUGGACCCUUCCUCUCCCAGUGACCAGUUCCGACAUGGGCCCCUUCCCGGACCAGCUGUGAGGCAGAGUGCUGUAAGCCUCACCAGAGGUGGGGGGCUGAAUCUCGAGGCUCCUGAGGCACCACUGCAUCCCACACGAUCUGACAGUGUGUCAUCCAGCUAUGGCAGCCAAAGCCAUAGGAGUCUUCCAGGGUCAGCCAGAUCACAAGAGUCAGUGGGCACGUUCAUUCAGCAAGAAGUAGGAAAACCUGAGCAUGAAACCGCAGGAGGCUUUUUUAAGCAAAUCGGUUCUUCUCCUAUAGGAGGUGAGACAGAUGAGACCACUGGAAACCAGAAUUACCGGAGCAGCCUGUCCCAGCCCUCUACCCCAAGUCCCCCGAAACCUACAGGGAUAUUUCAGACAAGUGUAAAUAGUUCUUUUGAACCAGUAAAAUCCCACUUAGUUGGGGUAAAACCGGUUGAGGCAGAUCGAGCCAACGUGGUAGGUGAAGUGAGGGGGAGCCGAGACUGCCAGAAGCAGCAUAGACCAGCUGCUGCUCCACCUGAUGCCUCCCCAGGUAACCUGGAGCAGCCACCAGAUAACAUGGAGACACUGUUUGCACCCCAGGCCUGCUCUCUGCCUCAUGCCACCACCACAGAAGCUGGGUAUUUGCUUCCGCACACGGUGGGGCCACCUUUGGAUGCUGGGCGCCCAACACCUGAGAAGAGGCCCUCAGCCAGGGCCCAGGGGGCCACAAAGUGUGAGAGCCCAGCAACGACUUUGUGGGCACAAGAUGAGCUGCCAGAUUUUGGUGGCAAUGUCCUUCUAGCCCCUGCUGCUCCUGCACUUUAUGUUCCUGCAAAACCUCAGCUGUUGGCAGUUGUGCAGCCUCCAGAAGAGGGGGUAUCUAUGCAGCAGUUGCGGAAGCCAGCUUCUGCCCAAGUUUUGCAGAGUCGAGUUGGUCUUGGUGCCUCUGAGAACCUUGAGAACCCUCCAAAGGUGGGGGAUGAGGAAACCCUGCAGUCCCAGGCAGGUUCUGGUUAUGUGAGUUUACUGUCCUCACCACCCACUGAGUCUCUGCAGAAUCAGCCCGUCUUGAUCGCCCAGCCUGAUCAAAGCUAUAAUUUGGCUCAGCCCAUUAAUUUUUCUGUGUCCUCACUGAAUCCUAAUGAGAAGAAUCAGUCCUGGGGAGAUGCUUUGGUGGCAGAUAAAUCCGCAGGAAGCAACCAGGCUCUUAGUGGUGAUUCUGGAGAACAUGCUGCUUUGUCUAGGGUUCCAACAAGUGCUGUCACUGGCUUAUCUCUGCCAAACAGUCUUACCCCGAGUAAUGUCCCACAUAGUUCUGGGUCUUCUGAAAUGGUUGCUAAUCAGCCUGCCAGUUUGCUGGUUCAAACACCACCUCAUCCAGUUCCAAAGAGUAUGCUUCCAGAAAGUCAGAAUGCUCACAGUUCAGCAAAGGUCCUUCCUGAGUUUGUCAGCAGACCUACGGGAAGCACAAUUGCGUUGUCAGUUCCACCCACUCACGGUACUUCGGUAUUUGGUAGUGAUGAGGCAAAUUCCUCCAGUAAUCGGGAAGAAACUGUCGGUACUCUAGACUUGACUUUAAGUGGAGCUUCAGGAAAUCCUGUGAGAGUGUACAGCCCAUCCCAUCCUGAUGGCCCAGCUUCCCAACAAGCCAUUGCCAGUCAUCCCAGACAGCCUGGGCCUGGGGCUCCUAACCCAGAUCGUUUCUAUCAGCAGGUGAUGAAAGAUGCACAGGACCAGGCUGGCAUAGAAAGAGCCCAGCCAGAGCUGGUACCUCCCCAGCCCCAGGCUUCUCUCCAGCAUGUGCCCCAGGCGGCGUUUCCAGAACCUUCAAAUCCAGAAAGCCCCUCCAUACAAGGACAGUCCAAAAACUCAACCCAGCCACCAACAAGCCCAGCCCCAGCUGAAACAGGUCAGAAGGUGCCUCCUCGGCCACCUCAGUCGUCCAGUGCGUCAGCUGUGUCCACCAGCUCAAGUCAGGCAGCCAUCCGUUCAGAGCAGCCAUGGCCGCACCCACCUGCAAGUGCGUUUGGCCCGCCACCUCAGGACCUGGCAUCCUACUACUACUACAGGCCACUGUACGAUGCUUGCCCACCUCAGUACCCGCCGCCCUACCCUCCAGAAGCUGGGACGGCCUCCCUCUAUUACCAGGAUAUGUACGGCCUGUAUGAACCUCGAUACAGGCCCUAUGACAACUCAGCACCCGCUUACACCGAGAAUUACCGCUACUCGGAGCCUGAGCGACCCAGCUCCCGAGCAAGUCACUGCUCCGACCGGCCCACUCCCAGGCAAGCAUAUCCUGAAGGGUACUAUAAUUCCAAGAGUGGAUGGAGCAGUCAGAGUGAUUACUAUGCAAAUUACUACUCGGGCCAGUAUGAUUACGGAGAUCCAGGUCGCUGGGAUCGCUACUACGGUUCUAGAUUCAGGGAUCCCCGCACUUGGGACCGAAGGUACUGGUAUGAUGCUGAGUAUGACCCACACAGGAAGGAAAGCUAUGCUUAUGGCGACAGGCCUGAGAAAUACGAUGACCACUGGAGGUACGACCCUCGUUUCACAGGUAGCUUUGAUGAUGACACUGAGCCCCCCAGAGACCCUUAUGGGGAGGAGGUGGAUAGGCGCAGUGUCCACAGUGAGCACUCAGCCCGGAGCCUGCGCAGCGCACACAGUCUGCCCAGCCGCCGCAGCAGUCUCAGCUCCCAUUCCCACCAGAGUCAGAUUUUCAGAAGCCAUAAUGUGACUACUGGUUCCUUCGAGGUCCCGCCUCCCCCAGGCUCCUUUCACGGCGAUUAUGCCUAUGGCACCUACAGCAGCAAUUUCGGCAGUGCCCAUGGCUUUCCAGAGUACAGCUAUCCUGCAGAUACUGGCUGGCCUGCUGUGGAUCAAGUUCCAUCAAGACCAACUUCUCCUGAAAAGUUUUCAGUGCCUCACAUCUGUGCCAGGUUUGGUCCUGGUGGUCAGCUCAUUAAAGUGAUCCCCAACCUGCCUUCGGAAGGACAGCCUGCCCUGGUGGAGAUCCACAGCAUGGAGACCUUGCUGCAGCACACGCCUGAGCAAGAGGAGCUGCGCUCAUUCCCAGGGCCGCUUGGCAAAGACGACACCCAUAAAGUGGAUGUUAUUAAUUUUGCCCAGAACAAGGCUACAAAAUGUUUGCAGAAUGAAAAUUUAAUGGACAAAGAGUCUGCAAGUCUCCUUUGGAAUCUCAUCAUUCUGCUGUGCAGACAGAAUGGGACCGUGGUGGGAACAGACAUCGCAGAGCUUCUGUUGCGUGACCACAGGACGGUGUGGCUCCCAGGGAAGUCACCCAACGAGGCUAACCUGAUAGACUUCACUAACGAGGCCGUGGAGCAGGUGCAGGAGGAGGAGUCUGGUGAGGCCCAGCUCUCGUUUCUCACGGACAGUCAGACUGCCAGCACCAGCACGCUGGAGAAGGAGACAGAGAGGUUCCGAGAGCUGCUGCUCUAUGGCCGCAAGAAGGAUGCUUUAGAGUCUGCAAUGAAAAAUGGCUUAUGGGGUCACGCUCUGCUACUUGCAAGUAAGAUGGACAGCCGGACACACGCCCACGUCAUGACCAGGUUUGCCAACAGCCUUCCGAUCAAUGACCCUCUGCAGACGGUCUACCAGCUCAUGUCUGGUCGGAUGCCCACUGCAUCCACGUGUUGUGGGGACGAGAAGUGGGGAGAUUGGAGGCCACAUCUUGCUAUGGUUUUGUCCAACUUGAACAACAACAUGGACGUCGAGUCCAGGACCAUGGCUACGAUGGGCGAUACCCUAGCCUCCAAAGGCCUCUUAGAUGCUGCACACUUCUGCUACCUUAUGGCCCAGGUUGGAUUUGGGGUUUAUACAAAGAAAACUACAAAACUUGUCUUGAUUGGAUCAAAUCACAGUUUGCCGUUUUUAAAGUUUGCCACAAACGAGGCUAUUCAGAGGACAGAAGCCUACGAAUAUGCCCAGUCACUUGGAACCCAGACCAGCGCCUUACCUCAUUUCCAGGUGUUUAAGUUUAUCUACUCCUGCCGCCUGGCUGAGAUGGGGCUCGCCACGCAGGCCUUCCAUUACUGUGAGGUGAUCGCCAAGAGCAUCCUGACACAGCCCGCCGCAUACUCUGCAGUUCUCAUCAGCCAGCUGGUACAGAUGUCUUCCCAGUUGCGCCUCUUCGAUCCUCAGCUGAGGGAAAAACCGGAGGAGGAGUCCUUUAUUGAGCCUGCCUGGCUGGUGCAGCUGCAGCGUGUGGAGAGGCAGAUCCAGGAGGGUGCUGUGCCAUGGAAUCAGGAUGGGGCCGACCCCCAGGAGUGCCCCAGCACUCCAGGCUCUGAGGUGGAUCAGUUGGAUGCCCCAGUGCAGGGUCAGCCAUCGGGGUUGGGUGCUGACCAGCCCCUGCUGAUGCCGAGCACCGAACCCUCCAGCCAGGGUGUGCAUCUGCUGGCCUCAGCUCCACAGACGCUCCCUGAUGGCCAGCUGGCCCACUCUGCCAGGGUGCCGAUGUUCCCAGUGUCACCACCCACAGGAGCCCUGGAGUCAGGUCCUGGCUGUGGACCCCCAGUGUCUGCAGUUGGCUUCCCAGAGCCCUCCAGACCUGAUCCUGCAGCUUUGUACCCAGGGCUGGGGUUGCCACCUGGUGUACCAUCUCUCCAGGAAAGUGGCUCCCUGCUCCAGGAGACCAGAAGCCUGGACCCAGGAAUGGUGCCACAGGAUGCGCCUGUUGGGAAUGUGUUUCCCAAGCCAAGUGAGGAGGACUUCGGUGGAAACUUUGCUGACCUGGGCUCCUCUAGGACAGCACAGGAUGCAGAGACUCCUCCAGCCUGGGAUCCCACCAGCUCAGCGUCAGCACAGUCUGCUUCUUCUCUGUCACCUGCUUCUGAAACAAAGAGGCCUGCACAUGUGGCCAGAAAGGAGACCAAGGAACCCAAGAAGAGUGAGUCCUGGUUCUCUCGCUGGCUACCUGGGAAAAAAAGGACUGAAGCUUACUUGCCAGAUGACAAGAACAAGUCGAUUGUUUGGGAUGAAAAGAAGAACCAGUGGGUGAAUUUGAAUGAGCCAGAGGAGGAGAAGAAGGCUCCACCCCCACCUCCAACAUCGCUGCCCAGGGCUUCACAUGUGGCUCCCCCUGGGCUUACAGGCCCUCCCACAGCCUCCGUGAACAUGUUUUCUAGAAAAGCAGGCGGAUCCAGAGCUCGCUAUGUGGAUGUGUUGAACCCGAGUGGGGCCUCGCGGGGUGAGCCAGCUCCUGCUCCUGCAGAUUUCUUUGCUCCGCUUGCUCCCCUGCCGAUUCCUUCUAACCUGUUUACACCAAGCCCAGAUGCCGAGGAACCACAUUUUGCAGAAGGAGCUGGCAGGGUAGGACCAGGGCCAGCUGGGGCUCAGGCCAAUUUAGAGCCCACCACAGAACCCAAGGCUCCCGGUGACCACUGCCCUGCAGGGAAUCCUCCCAGUGGAACUGUGCCCUUCUAUAGCCCUUCCCAGUUGGCACAGGCCUCCACCAGCUCAGGGAGCUCAAGGCCAGGGAGGAUUGGCCAGAGGAAAUACCCGGCACUGAACUAGAGUCAUCCCCUUUUGGAUUUGCACUUGGAACCCUGAGAUGACUGUUCUCCACCAAGAACUGGACGGACUGCCUAGGGUCUCCUGCCCCCAGUGGAUAUGGCAGUACCUCAGAGCCGGUCAUACUGUGCAUCUCCUCCUUACUGUCCAUCUCUAUGAAUUAUUGCAAAAUUAAUUCCAUGAUUCCUUUCAGAUGCUGGAUAGAGUGAAUCUGAUUCAUUUUUACAUGAAAGCACGGUGUUCCUUUCCUAGUCGCUUAGGGUGAUCUGAGAAUGUGACGCUCUGAGCCUCCUGAGCACAUCCCAUGAAGCAAGGCUGGACGGGGGUUGCCACAUGAGGCAGUCGAUGCUCCUGGGAAACCAGGGCCUUGCUCCAACCACCUGACAAUUAUUGCAAAUGAACCUACAAUUCCUUGA